CAGCGGCAGUGAGGGACACAUGGACGUUGACAAUAUUUCUACCGAGGCAGGCUGAGGCUACGGAGAACAAAGAACGCCGAUCGAUUAUCUCUGAAUUGUCUGUCUAUAUGGUUAGUAGGCAUGUGAUCAAGCACCUUUCACGUUUAUUUUAAAACUUAGUGGCUAAUAACCGCGGCGUGUUGCGACUUGUUGGUUUUGUUGAGCAACGGGGGAAACUCGUCGGUGUGUUGUGGCGACUUUCUCCGAGCACUGUUACCGUCUGCUGGGGCAUCGGCGACUCAUGUCUUGCUGUUGACUGUGUACUGACCUCAUUUUGGACUGCAGACUGAGGACUAAGCAUUGCCACUCUUACUUGGCUGCUGAGAUUGUGUGUUCACAUGUCUGCGUGAGAGACUCCUGACUGGUGAAAUGCUUUCAUGGAGUCACAUUGUCCCUGGUAGAAGAGUGUGCAUGUGUUCAACUGCAUCUUUGCACACAGGGCCUCAUUUGCGCCCAUGAGUUAACGCCAGGAUUUCCCACUUACUCAUUAGGCUCUUUUGUCCAUCCCUUUCCCUGCCCUCUCUCCCCCAUUCCCUUAAAAGCACCUCACUAUGGGCCAAAAGAUCUCUGUAAGCAUCAAGUCAGUGGAUGUACAUGGCGAGCCUCCAUACCAGCCAGUGCAACGUGAACUACGAGGCCCAGAUUUCUGCCGGCCACCAAGAUUGGAUCUACUGCUGGACAUGCCUCUGGCCAGUCCUGAGACUCAGCUCUGCCACGCCUGGAACCCUGAUGAUAGGUCUCUCAACGUCUUUGUUAAAGAGGAUGACAAGCUGACCUUCCACAGACACCCAGUGGCUCAGAGCACAGACUGUAUCCGAGGUAAAUCAGGCUACACCAGGGGCCUCCAUGUUUGGAGGAUUCAUUGGCCAGCCAGACAGAGAGGCACCCACGCUGUGGUUGGAGUGGCCACAACUGAAGCACCUUUACACUCAGUGGGCUACACUGCUUUAGUGGGCUCAGAUUCAGAAUCCUGGGGCUGGGACCUAGGUCGGAACAGACUUUACCAUGAUGGGAAGACUCAACCAGCACCUUCGACAGCACCCACAUACCCUUGUUUCCUGGAGCCAGAUGAGUCAUUUGUGCUCCCAGACUCCCUGACAGUAAUACUUGACAUGGAUGAGGGCACACUGAGUUUCAUGGUUGACGGACAAUAUCUGGGAGUAGCGUUUCGGGGUUUAAAAGGCAAGAGACUGUAUCCCAUCGUCAGCGCUGUGUGGGGACACUGUGAAGUGACUAUUCGCUACAUCAACGGACUAGAUCCGGAGCCCCUCCCACUCAUGGAUCUAUGUAGAAGAGUGGCUCGACUGGCUCUCGGUCGGGAGCGCAUCCAUCACAUCGAUACGCUCCCGCUGCCUCAGACUCUCAAGGACUACCUCCAGUACCAGUGACUAUGGCAAACACACACACGUGGGGGGCACAUCUUUUUGUGUCAUGACCACCCUUCAGGCUGAAGUGAGGAUGCGACAAGGACUUUGACUUUGUCUAGAGGUUAAAGAUGACGCUUUUUAUAUUCUGGUUUUAAGGGCUUCUGUCUUUUUCUGGACAUACGAUCCACUGAGUUUAUGAAUGCAAAAAAAGACUCCAGUCGUCGCUCAUCAGACACAUGAAUGAAACAAACACACCUUGAUACCUUAAACAGUGUUGCUUGAGGCUACAGUUGAUUGUGGCAUAUAUUCUGCGCAGACUGGCGGCAUCAACAACUGGAAACGUGUUGUUGGUUGUGUGCGAUCCACGUGAAAAACGGCGAGCGGAAGACAAUCCAUACACACCUACAAGACCCGCUGUCACACCGCUUCAGUAGUGUGUGAACACUGUGGUACCAAUGCAUUACAUACAUACAGUUCAUGGAUGUCAUCACUGUAAACAAAGAAUCCUGCCCCUUUUGGACAGUCUAAGUCCCCCUCGUCUUCCCGACUUCAAUGCACUUUGUUGUCACAUUUGAAUGUUUCUCAUGAGAAGCAAACCUCCAUUUGACUCGAUGAACUUAAGGGACUUCAUGACACAGACUGUUGAUGCGCAUGCUUGAAGACAUUACUUACAGGAAACGCACCAAAACGGCACCCGACACUUCUGUUCUUUGUUAAGAGAUUUUCUUUUCCCCGUCGGUUUUAAAUGCUGCUUCUAGUGUUACCUGGCAUUACAAUUGUGGGUUUUUAACCCCCGUUUCUUUUUGAUAAUGAUCUUAUCGGAUUUUUAAAAUGUUUUUUUGGUUUUGUAGAUAUUGGUUUGCAGGGAUGACUCGCAGGUAUCGGAAGAAUUUUAUGCCAUUAGGAUUUUUAAAUUGUCAAUAAGAAUAAACUCACACCUCCUUACUUUGUGUGCUCUUUGAAUACCACAAGGCCAUUUCACACAGCCGUACCAGCCAAGAGUAGGAAGAAGCAGAGCUUCUUUAAUCCUCCCCCUUCUUCAUGUCCAUGACUGAUGGUUAACUCACACCGUAUCCUUUACAUCUUGACACAAUACUGUCUGCGUCAUUGAAAUUUUGUUCACUUCCUGUGUGAAAAGACGGGAAGGGUUUUGUGGGGGCGAGGGUUAAAAAUGACUAUUACUUGUGCAGUGUUAAGGAAAAGGAAAGAAGACAAAUAUUACAAUGAGGAUAAAAGGGAGAUUAAAAUGAAAGUUGAUAAUAGAGGAUAGAUAAGUUCAAGUGGGGACAUUAAGCAAAGCAAAUACACAGAAAAUACAUUCAUAAUUCAGAAAAUUUGUCACUAAUUUGCACAAUUCAUGAGUAGUUUUUGUAUAUGUU